AUGGCGGAUCGUCGCUACAAUCGGAACCCCAAUCGGACCCCCAAAAUGCUCUCGGCCAUCAAAUCAGUCACUUUCUGCUCUCACAUGGAUCAUGGGGGCCGAGAGGAGCAUGAUUGGCUGUUUUCCCUUCCUGAUUAUCCAUUUGACAAGCUUGGACUUCAUAAUAUCGAGGAACUGAUUCUUUGGCCCACGGGGCAUGAUGAAACCUGGAAAAAAUUGAAACCUCGAGAAGAUGCCGUAGGGGGCCCUGAUUCUCCCGUCGAAAUAACAUUUGCUGCAUUUGCAAGGGCUUUAGUGGCUAUCAUUCGGCGAAGAAAGGCACUGAAUAAAAUCAUUGUCCAUUGUAGACAAUUUAUCCUCAGGAAGGAUCUUCCAACAUUGCGCAAGGAAUUUAGAUCGGAAUUCGCUGCGCCAUCUUUUCAGAACUGGAGUUGUGAAGACCUGGAGGUUUCAUUUCGCGACAACUACUACAAUUGGGCUCAGUGUUGGUAUAUUAUUGCUGUCGAGCCUGAUCGCUGGAGGCUAGUUUAUGAGGGUCCUGAUGACUGGGAGCGGUCGGUGACGUUGGAAUUCAGGAUCUCAGAUGAAUGGGAGGCACACUAUGCCAAAUAUGCGGUUGACUCUCCUCCACUUAGGGAAAGGCAGCACGCCUUUUUGGAAAGGAUGUUAAGUCCCGGUCUUCUGGAGACUUUAAGGAAUCCUUUCAGCAGCGCAGGCUGA